AUGUAUUCAAAUGAAAAUACAGAAGUUUACAAAUCAGUCGUUCUUUCUGUCAAAUUGGCAUCAGAGCUAAUGGCAAACAUGAUGAAUCAAAUGCCGUUGCCACGGCUAACGAAGUUAAAUUACGAAAACUGGAGUAUCCAAAUGAAAGCUCUUCUCGGAUCUCUAGACGCGUGGGAGGUGACCAAAGAUGGGUUUGAAGAACCAACAGAUACUGAGGGAUAUACGACAGCUCAAAACAAGGCGUUGAAAGAGACGCGAUCGAAGGAUAAAACGACACUAUACAUGCUGUUUAGGGUUGUUGAUGAAUCAGGCUUCGAAAAGAUUGUCGGUUCGACUACGUUGAAAGAAGCUAGAGAAAGUGUUCAAAGGAGCAGAUCGAGUAAAGCAAGUUCGACUCCAAACUCUUCGUGGAGAAUUGGAGAGGAUGCAGAUGAAAGGGUCAGAAAAUAUAAAUUUGAGAAUAUUGUGUAUGCAAUAGAAGAGUCGAAGGACCUUUCGACACUCGUAGUCGAAGAGCUCGCUGGUUCCCUCGAAGCACACGAACAACGUAAGAUGAAAAAGAAGGAAGAAGGAGUAGAGGACGCAAAUCAAAGACGAAAAGUGGGACAUCUUGCAAAAGAUUGUCGAAUCGAAAAGAAGGUAGAAGAAACAACCAAUCUAACUUUGGAAGCUGAAGCAAAUGAAGGUUUUCUCUUGAUGGCUCAAAAUGAGAUCAACACAAAUGACAAUGUUUGGUAUCUUGACUCAGGAGCAAGUAACCAUAUGUGUGGUCACAAACACUUGUUUAAAGAAAUGAGAAAGAUUGAAAAUAGAAAUGUGUCUUUCGGAGAUGCAUCGAAAGUGAAGGUCGAAGGCAAAAGAACGAUUUGUUACCUGCAGAAGGAGGGGUUGAUUGGAUCAAUUCAAGAUGUUUAUUAUGUACCAAAUCUUAAGACCAACAUCUUGAGUUUGGGACAACUUACAGAAAAAGGACAAGCUAGGACAUCUGAUUGCUCGUGUCGAAAUGGAGAGAAAUCGAAUGUACAAACUGAAUCUGAUAAACGUUCGAGAAAAAUGUUUACAAGUAAAUGUCGAAGACAAAACGUCACUAUGGCAUCUACGCUUUGGUCAUCUACAUCAUGCUUGUUUAAGAAGGUUGGCGAAAAAGAACAUGGUGCAUGGACUACCAGAUAUGGAUUAUGA